UAAAAAUGCAGUGCAGACCAAAUGAAGAACGACUGUGUUCUAAGUAAUGUGAAAUUUUAUUUGAGGAGUACUUUUAGUGAAAAACAUUUUCAUAUAGUCUAUACCGAAAACUAAACCGGGGAUGAACAGGAAUCUAGUUGUGAGGUUCAUCUUUUUGAUGUUGUCAGCAAGACUAUCUGUUGAAGACUGUACGGUAAAUAACACACAAUCGUCCAAUGGAAAGGAAGAUGAAACUUUUACCUGCAGCUACUUCUGCGCAGCAAACGAUGACGAAACGGAAUGGAUAUCCCCGCCACAAUUUGCAAGACCUUGUAUUCCAAGAGAGAUCCAACCUAUCUAUUAUACAAAACCAGACAGUGAUCAUGUAGUAAUCAACUGGACAAAACCAAUAGCUACAGACAGAGAUGGUGGUUCACCAAGUGUGAUACAAGUAAAGGGAAUUAAUAACGGUGGGAACUUCACUGGCACACUUUUGGGAAAAACGCAUACGAUAGUGUACAUUGCAACUGAUACAGAUGGACUGACAGACAAUUGCGUAUUUACCUUCACAGUCACAAGUAAGUAACUACUUUUGCAGUUCUAACUUUACAAACACUUCAGAGGUAAAAUUCCAUUUUUUGGCAAAUAUUC